CAAGGUGGAGACGCCAAAGCAGAAGUUGAUCAUGACGGCAGCAUCUGAGCAGAAUCAGUAACAGCCUUGGACCGCCAUCGAUUGACUCGUCGUGACCUGCACCGACAACUACGCCCACUCCUCCGUGUAUUCGCGAGAAAGCCCGGGACUUGCCUUCCCUCCCUUACACCUCGCCCUUUUCUUCAGCGAUUCGGAGACUGUCGGGCUGGCUUCAAAUCGAGCAUCCACGACGCUCGACAGCAACUCCUUCCACCUUACCGCAAGUAGUCCACGCCUGGCGAUUGCGAGAUAGAGGAGCAAGCCGACGACAGUCGUCACCUGCAAUAACAAACACCUGCGCUGCGUCAAUCCAUCAAGAUGGCGUAUCUCGAACCGACAGGGGGGCAAAGCCAGCUGUCGAACGGCAGCAACCCAGCUCACGGCCAGGCGGAUUCUGACAUUCUGGCGCAGAUUCUGGCGGGCGUCAGCAACAUGCAGAGAGAGAUCUCACGAUUACAUCAACGCAUGGACCAACUCGAAGAAGGUGGCUCGGCAGCAGGUGCCAACUCUCCCUUCUUCGGCCCGCAAAUCCUGGCCGGAGGCAUGGCACCGAUCCCCUACCCGGGGCACAUUCGCUCACAGUCCUUCGUCACACGACGACAGUCGAACAGCUUUGUGCUUGCCGGCUCGCAAGCACGCGACAUGUCGCCCGAAAAACAUCAGCAACAGCACGCGGCCGGUGGUGCGUCAUCGUCUGCUUCGGCAGCAGCGGCAGCUGGCGGCCUCGAAACCAGUAACCUCAUGGCGCCACACCUCUCCCUCUCGUCCGGUGCUCUCUCGCAGCCUGAUCCGAUCCUGACCAAAGAGCCUUCUCUGCCGCUGUGGUGCGUCGUGCCCGCCGGUGGAGCAGGCACACGCCUGUGGCCGCUCUCGCGAGAGUCCUAUCCGAAGUUCCUGCUAGACCUGACCGGCUCCGGAAGGACGCUGCUGCAAGCGACAUGGGACCGCCUGCUGCCCCUCGCCGGGGCUCAUCGCCUGAUGAUCGUUACAGGAGCGGCGCACUCGCCCGCAGUGGCGCAGCAGCUCCCGAGUCUCUCGCCGAGCAACCUGCUCACCGAGCCGCUGCCGAAGGACAGCAUGGCCGCGAUCGGCCUCGCUGCGGCCGUGCUGUAUCACCGCGACCCGGAAGCGGUACUUGGCAGCUUUGCGGCGGAUCACAUCAUCAGUGGACACGAGGCAUUCGAGGCGGCCGUCAUCGAGGCUGUCGCUGUCGCACAGGCCGGCUACGUCGUCACGAUCGGCAUUGCGCCGUCACACCCUUCGACGGGCUUCGGCUACAUCAAGCUCGGCGAGAAGCUCAACGUGGACGAAGCACCCAAUGCGCGCGUCGUGGCUGACUUCAAGGAGAAGCCGGACGCCAAGACCGCAGCGGCGUAUCUGCAGACAGGCAACUAUCGCUGGAAUGGAGGCAUGUUUGUUGUCAAAGCCAAGGUUUUGCUCGAGCUGCUCGCCAUGACCAAGCAGAAGCUGCACGAUGGGCUGAUGCGGCUCGGUGCCGUGUGGGACAAAAACGAGGAGGAGCGCAGCGCCGCAGUGCGCGAGGUGUGGGAAGGGCUCGAGAAGAUCGCAAUCGACCACGCAGUUGCUGAGCCUGCGGCCAAACUUGGGCGCGUGGCCGUCGUGCCCGCCACCUUUGGCUGGGACGACGUCGGCGAUUUCUCCAGCUUGGCGGACCUCAUCGCCGCGGAAAAGGGCGAGGCGCGCGUGCUCGGCGACGCUCGCCUCGUCGUCACCGAGAGCCAGGCGGGGGGCUUGAUUGUACCCGCUGCAGGCAGGCCCGUGGCGUGCUUGGGCGUGGACGACGUCGUCGUCGUCGAUACCCCCGACGCGCUGCUCAUCACGACUAGGGCUCGCAGUCAAGACGUGAAGAAGAUCGUCAGUAGAUUCAAGAAGCGAUAUCCAACCUUGUGCUGAGAAGCGCGCACGCGCAGGGAAACAGACCGCGGACAACAAAAAGAGAAGCGACUCAGGGACGAGUUAUGAACAGAUUCAGCGGCUUCAAUGGGACAAUCAGUGAUCGUGUAUUCAGGCAGCAUAUCUAUAGCAUCUAUUCAGAACGCC